AUGAGAUCAACAUUUGAACUCGCGCGCGAGAUUAUUUGGUGUAAACAGCAUUUAGAUCUCAACAUUAAACAAGUUUCUUUGGAGAAUAUUGCUCAGGAAGAUCUCAACAUCAUCAUGUUUCGGUACGGGGAUGCAGAGGAACAAACACACGUGACCAGGUGCAGAUCAGAAAUAGACCACCAGAGUAGACUAGGACACACUGUCACUGAUGCAAAGCAAAUGCUGUCACAGCUGGAGAUGGAGAUGUCAAAAUGCAACUGCCAUUCCCUCAUCGUUGGCAGCUUUAUCCAUUAUGUACCCUCAUGUGCCAGUGUUCCUCUACCUUAUACUAGCAUGCCUCCGAUUUUGGAGUACACAUGCUUCAAAGCAUAUGUCCUGAUGGUCCCUUUGGGUGAGGUUGACUUUGGUCUAGUUGAAAAUGAGAGUGAUGAUCAGGGGGUUGCAUUGUUGGGGUGGUAG